GCUGGAGUGAGGUGCUGCAGCAGCAUGAUUUCCCCAAGAGCCUGGCUGGUGAAGGCUCCAAAGCAGUCCUGUUGAGCGACUUGGGAGGAUUAUGCUAUGGGAACAAAACAUGUUCUUAUUCAUUCUAACCUACUCAACUGGCUCUAUUUGCAUUGCCUCAUUCAUCAAAUGCUGUCACUCGAUAUUGCUUAAUCCAAGUGUGUGUAUAUAAGCAGAGUUAGAAUAUAACUGCCUCAACUACUACCAAAUGACGACAGGAAACCUCAUCAUUGGAAACCAGCACUUCAUUGUUUAUAACUUAGGUUGAGACAAUUGAACUAAUACUAUAUUUAAUCCAACAGACGCCUGAAAAAUAAGGCCUGAAAUGAAGUAUUCAACCACCAAAAUUCCCCCAGCAAAUAUGAACAACUCAGCAGGAAAAGCCUCGGCAAAAUCUCCCAGGUUGAGAAAAUCCCAACAGAAGGGCAAAGAAAUUUGCCAGGUGUACUUUAUGCAGCUACGCUCUGGCCUUAUCAUAGAAAAAAAGAGCUGUUACUUUAGGAAAGAAACCACUGAAAGGCAUUCACCAAACUCAGCUGAAGAUUACAAAGAGCCAAAUCUGCUAUUCGCUACCUGUCGGAAUCGCCUGCAACACUUUGAACGAUCAGCGGGGGCCUCUGCCUUUAAUAAAUCUAUGGUCCAGGAAAAUACUAGAAGAAUUGAUGAUUCAAGAAUCCUAGGUGUGACUGGUUACAGGGGUGGUGUAGAAUAUCGUUCUGUUUCCCUGAGCACAUACGACAAUCAAACCAUUACUUUUGUUGUUGGUGAUGAAGGUUAUGACAUCAAUGUUGACGAUUUGGGGACAGAAGAUGAGAAAGACAAAGUGUUAUUCCAUUUCUAUGACUCACAGCCACCUGCAAGUGAAACAGGUGAUGAUGUUGAUGGUCACAAAGUAAUGGUAAGGAUGAGUCCUGCAAAUAACAAAGACUUUUUGCUGCAUGCCGAGGAGCACUCUGUGAAGGUACAAAAGUACGAAAAUUCGUUGCCAGACCAGACCUUAUUUCUUCUUCAUAAAGAGCUCGGGCCCUCAAAAUGCGUUUCCUUUGAAUGUAACAGCAAACCUGGAGUGUAUCUAGGAGUAGAGGGUAACCAUCUUGCUCUAAUUGAAUCAAAUGACCAAACUGCACAUUUAAGAAGAGAGAAUAUCAUAUUUAAGCUCUCUGAAAUGUAAGAUGUUGGAAAGUUGUGAAUCCUGGGUUGAGUAGCCCAAAGAGCUACCAUUGAAGAAAUUGUCAAAAAAAAAAAAAAAGAGAGACA